GUUAAUCGAAAAUUGACAGGACCUAAAUUAAUUUCGGGUAUGAUAUUAUGGAGUCUCCUUCGAAUCUUCCACCAAUUAAUUUCAUAAAGUCAAAAUUCCUACCAUUUGACUUAUUAAUUCAUAAAGAAGACCGGCAGCCACCCCACCAAUCAUAUAACUAACCCAAUUUCAGUUGCAGAAGAUCAUCAAUUCAAAAUGGGUAUUUGUGUGGGAAAGCAAUCCAAUGUUGCCCAUGCUUCUUCUACUCAAUUUCUUGAGGAUAUGAUUAAUAACAAGGCGAAAUCUAAUUCAAAAUCUUUGAAGAGUCAAACAAAAACAGUGAGUUUGAACAAGGUUUCGAAAGCACAUAAGUAUAAUGAUCAUUUGCCUGUGCCAAUUAACCUCAAGGCCUUCAACCUGAAUGAUCUCAAGGCCGCCACCAAGAACUUCCGGCCGGAUAGUCUUCUGGGUGAAGGCGGUUUUGGUCAAGUUUUUAAAGGGUGGGUUGAUGAGGCCACCCUUGCUCCGGCUAAACCGGGUACAGGGAUGGUGGUGGCGGUCAAGAUACUCAAGGAAGAUAGCCGCCAAGGUCACCGGGAAUGGCUUACUGAGCUAGAUUACAUGGGGAGACUUCAUCACAAAAAUCUUGUUAAACUCAUUGGCUACUGCUCAGAAUGCGAAAACCGCCUUCUAGUUUAUGAGUUCAUGCCUAAAGGAUGUUUAGAUAAUCACUUGUUUAGAAAAAGCGUUCAACCGAUGCCAUGGGCCACAAGGAUGCGCAUCGCCAUUGACGUAGCAGAGGGCUUGUCAUUUUUGCAUGGUCAAGAACCUUCUAUCAUAUAUCGCGAUUUGAAGGCUUCUAAUAUUUUGCUAGAUUCGGAUUUUAAUGCAAAGCUUUCGGAUUUUGGUUUGGCAAGAAACGGUCCUGUUGGAGACAACACACACGUGUCUACAAGGGUUGUCGGCACCAAUGGCUAUGCUGCACCAGAAUACGUAGCAACAGGGCAUUUGACACCAAAAAACGACGUGUACAGUUUUGGGGUGGUCUUAUUGGAGUUGAUAUCAGGAAGACGGGCCAUAGCCGACGAGAGAGCCGGUGGGGUUGAAGAGACAUUGGUAGAUUGGGUUAGACCAUUUCUAAGCGAUACCAAACGCGUCCUAAGAAUCAUGGACACUAGACUUGGUGGUCAAUACUCCAAGAAGAGUGCACAAGCUGUGGCUGCACUCGCGUCAAAGUGUCUCCACAGUGACCACAGGUUCAGGCCAACUAUGGUUGAGGUUCUUGCUACAUUGCAAGAUAUUCAAAAUGGUCAGAAAGAUGUUUUGAGGGCUUCACCUGAUCAACACCAACGGAAAUUUAGGAGUUCAAAGGAGAUAAGUGUAGGUACAAAUUAAAGAUGAUGGGUUGUAACUUUUACUUUGUGAAGUACAAGAGUGAUUGUAGAUAGUAACCGACACAUGGCCCUUUACGUCUUGUUGAUCGUUGCAUACAUUGAAUAAUGCAAAGUUCGCUUCGUGUUCAGCUGCGGCUUGAGCAUUAUCUUUGGCUACAUUGCAUGUUACAUCUUUAAUGUCAGUAGUUUCAACAUAAGAAACUUGGUUUUGACACUA